AUGAUGCAGAAGCCCCAGCUGCCCGUUAGGCAGCUUUUAAUAUUGUCGAUAUGCCGAUUCGCAGAACCCCUUGUGUUCACUUCUAUUCUACCGUAUCUUCCUGAGCUCAUUGAAUAUGUGGGUGUUCCCAAACCCGAAGUCGCCAAAUGGGCUGGCAUCGCCUCCGCGGUCGCAUCCGUGAGUCAAGCCAUCAUGGCCGUGCCCUGGGGCACAUUAUCCGACCAUAUCGGCCGCAAGCCGAUCAUCAUCUCAGGCCUGACAUGUACCAUGCUAUUGUCGAUCAUGCUGGGCAUGUCGCGGACGCUGGGAAUGGUACUCGCAUCCCGAGCCAUGAUCGGCCUCAUGAACGGCAACGUCGGCAUUAUCCGCACGAUGGUUGCAGAGAUCGUCCCUGAGCGGGAAUUGCAGCCGCGCGCGUUUAGCAUCAUGCCCAUGGUCUGGACGAUUGGAAGCAUCUUCGGUCCGGCGUUUGGAGGAGCGCUGGCGCGACCGGCAGAGAAGCACCCCGCGCUCUUUGGAAACUCGGCCUUUCUGAAACGCUUUCCAUUUGCCUUGCCGAAUUUGGUGUCUGCUGUUUUCUUCAUCGUCGGUAUUACCACGGGAUUCCUGUUUCUACAGGAGACGUUGGAGACCGAGAAGGAUCGCUAUGAUCCCGGUCUUGCGCUUGGACACGCACUGACCGGCUCGUGCGUGUCGCGGAAGCGCCAGGCAGGGUUGAAGGAGUCGGACGAGGAGCGGACGGCUUUGCUUCCUGGAAAGAACAAGAAGACGAAGCUUGUUAAGCGGCCGAGUUGGGCCCAGGUCUUCACUCCGCAGUCCAAUCUUGUCCUUUUGGCCUACACUCUGAUGUCCGGCCUCAGCAUGGCUUUUGAUUCGGUGUUUCCUGUCUUCUUGCACUAUCCGGUUCAAGAGCUCUACGACAACCCAGACGUUGAGCUGCCCUUCAAGUUUGCCAGUGGGUUUGGAAUUGACGCGCAAACCAUCGGUCUUUACUACACGGUCAUUGGAAUUGCAGGCAUGAUGAUUCAAUUCCUGUUUUUCCCGCCGAUAGUGCAGCGUUAUGGCGUACUGAAUUGCUUCAAAUGCGCCGCCAUUGCCAUACCCAUCAUCUUCUUCCUUACUCCCUUCACGGCUCUUGUGCCGGAGUCACUGCAACUUGCGGCGGUUUUGCUGAUUAUGCUUGCCAAACUCGGUGCGUCGGUCUUCGGGAUACCCUGCUGCACCAUCCUUCUCACCAACUCCGCUGCGAGCAUGACCGUUCUGGGUACGUUAAACGGCGUUGGGACAAGUGUAAGUGCUCUGGGACGUGCCGCUGGCCCUGCUCUGAUUGGAGCCGCCUUUUCCUGGGGGAUCAAGAAGGGGUCCGUCGUGAUUCCGUGGUGGCUUCUGGGUAUCUUGGGAUCCUUCGCCAUCCUUCCCGCGUACUGGAUUGUUGAGCAGGAGGGACCUUCUCGGAAAGAUGAGGAAGGAGAUGAGGGAGAGGACCGAGACCAGGAUCAGGAUCAGGAUGGAGGGUCCCGAGGGUAUGGUGCUGCCGAUUCCUCCACUUGUACAACCAAAGUUGCAAAGUGA